AUGUGGGCUGACUGCAUUGUUCAAGAUGGAAACUCACAGGCCAGUAAGAUAGCAGGCCGCAGGAAAAGAACCUGUUUCACCAAAGAACACUUGGAACUUCUACGAAUGGCUUUCAGUGUGGACCCAUACCCUGGUAUUAGUGUUAGAGAAAGUCUGUCUCAAGCCACUGGUCUGCCAGAGUCACGCAUUCAGGUGUGGUUCCAGAACAAGAGGGCCAGAACCCUAAAAAACAGAGCCACUCAGUCCUCACCACAGCUAGACACAACCUCUCCUCUGCCUAGCCCUUUCCUACCUCCUGAGAGAGGCAUUCCAGAGGCAUCAUUCAAAAUUCCUCAAUCUCAGAUGCCUCAAACAUCUCCACAGCACUUUAUCUUUCCACCAAGAGACUACAGCACACCUGCUAUCAAGCCACGACAAAGCAGACUGAUGGGAACCAGCUCUUGUUCUCCCACUAUUCCCUCUGAUCUACUAGCUUUGGCAGACAGCUGGAGCUCUGGAGGAAGCACCCAGUCAUCUCCUGAGUCUACCUGGAGUCCACCAGCGCAGAGUUUUGGGAACUCCUACAAGGAUGAGAGUCAUAUGUUUUUUUACCCACCACCUCCUUACCCCAUUGGAAGUGCCAAGGUUGGGUGUGACCUGGAGUCACCACCAACCUCCCCGGCCUCUCCUGAUUCUGCAUUUUGGGACAUUGGACAGGAAAAAUGCUGUCCUUCUGUGCCAUACUCUCACUUUAGCAGCCCAUGGGACAGGCUUGUUGAGGAGCAGCCUGUGGCCCCACUCCCAGUUCUGUCCACUCAGUGUCUGGAUAAUGUCCUUGGGGAAAUGGAGCCAGCCUGGUGGAACUUCAAUGGCCAGAUGGAUCUACAGUAA